GUGCGUGUGCGUGUGUGUGUGUGUGUGUGAUGUUAGAAUUUCCUUGGAUUUUGGGAAAACGUCAAUAACAAUAAAAUUGCAAAGAAAAUUAAUGAUAAGAUUAACUAAAAUUCGAGCCGUGAUAGCCGAGAUGGAAGAGUUUCCUUAUUGUUUACGUCGUUUUUGUUGCGUCUGAGUGAAAACAUGUUCGGCCGAGCGUUCAAUGACUGAGCGCGGUGCGACUCGACGACAACUGUACCGUUGCGACAAUAAUGAUCACGUAACUGCGGCGACCGCAGUGAACGCCCAGCAGACGCCCGACGAGAGGUGCAUACAUGGAGAUCAAUUUCGGCGAGAUCGAGCACAGGGCCAUCGAGUACUUGAACCUCAAGCAAUGGAACAACGCGUUCUUUUGCUUCGACCAGCUGCUGGACGGCGCCCUGGCCAAGAGCCUGCCGUCCGACCGCCUCGUCGGCUACCUGUUAGGCCGGUCGCAGUGCAAUCUGGAAAUGAAAAAGUUCGAGGCCGUCGUCAUCGACUGCCACACCAUAUUGACCAUGUUGACCACUGAGGAGGAGGCGUACAGCACGCGCGUCCGCCGCAACCUGGUCAACGCGCUGUUCGCGUUGAGGAGGUUCGCCGAAGCCGAGAACGUAGCGUUCGAAUGGAUGUUGCGCGCCGAGAACAACGCCGAGGCCAAGCGCAUGAUUGACACCAUACAGUGCGUGUGCACGGAACCGCCGAAGGUCACGCCCCAUCCGGCGCAGUCGCUGGAAGAGCAGUUCAAUCAGAUCAACGAGGACCUGCUGUUUGGCGAUUUGGACUCGUGGAUCGCGACGGGCGAAAGGGAGCAAAGCAGGAGAAACAGAAAACACCCAGUCGAGUUGGUGGACGACGGAAAUAGGGCUCAGCAGUUUCUAGAUAGCAUACACAUCAACACCAACGAAAUUGGUCUCCACAACGGCGGUAGACUCUAUCAACGAUUCAACGGUAACGGUCAUGAAAAUGGGGUACUGUUUUCCGAACCAAUAAAUCACAAUGUUGUUGUCGGUUAUGGUACGUCAAAAGGCACCGAAGACUUUGAUGAAUCUAGUGAAGACAAACAAAUGGAAAUUAAAUUUUCAAAAAAAUCCAUUACGAGGUAUUCAUGUACAUAUUGUGGCUUAUCGUUCGAUUUAGAAAAUCAGUUGCGAGCUCAUUGCGCCACUGAAUUCCAUCAGACAGUUAUUAUGUCGGAUGAAGGACGCGACUGGAAGUGGAGACCGCCUCCAAGAGGGCACUCGUCUGAAAGUUAUACGUUAUGUGAAGCGUUUAUGGACGGCGAUGGAGCCGAAGGUUCCUGCAAAGAUGGAGCUCAGUGUGUCGAAGCACACGGCAUAGACGAGUUGACCGAGUGGAAGGAAAGAUUCGAUUAUCGAAGAAUGAAAUUGAAACGAGCAAAGGAAAAUAAAUUGUACGGCAAGUCGUACACCGAACAGCUGUUGGAAAGGUGGGUGCAAGCGACAAAUCCUGAAAAAGUCAUGCGUGAGAGUUUAGAGAACGUCGUAGAGACUCACGACUGUGAUCUGGUCACUACUGUUGAGUCUAAGACUAGUAGCCGCGAAUGGACGUUUACAUUGGAAACGCUGUCGCCUCUACAGGCCGUCGCUCUACUCCAAGACACGUAUCGUAACCAUUUUUCGCUUACCAACAUUUUGGUCGACAAUGGAUUACAGAAAAUUGAAUUCGACAUGGAACACCCCAACAACCAGGAAUGGGUGUCGCAAGCACAGCAUCCUGUCUCCCAAUCGUUGUCUUCCAAGUUCAAACACCAGGUCAAAGUAUUUUUUUCCACCAACAUUUACGGAACAUUCAGGCAGUCUGUUGUUUUCGAUUUGGGUCUCGGCCCAGUGUUGGUGAAGCAUCUCUGCGUUGACGUUAUACCCGUAACGGAUUGCGGUAAAGUCAAAGAAAUCCACCGAGAAAUUGUACUGUCAUCGAUGGAACGAUGGAGUGCGUCAAAUUCGAAAAUUGUUGAAUUCAGCACGUUGAUUGGGCCGGUUCCGGUCAAGGAGGAUAAAGAAAGGGAACAGAAAUUGUUAUCCAGUUAUCCGGCACCGUGUCCGUCGACGUUUUCAUUGACACACACCACUAUUUCUGAGAAAAAACUCACGAGAAACAAUUACAGAGCGAGAAUUCACGAGUUGUUGUACGUUGAAGAGUUGGCUCGUUACGAACAAGUGGCUCGGUAUAAUUUAACUGCGAAAUUGCAAUUGGCCAGCUGUUAUCUGUUAUCUCCUAGCGGCGUCGGAGCCAGUACGGCCAAAUAUUCCCACAACAAUGAGUUGUUUGCUCUAUUGCAACUCGGAACUGACGUUUCUGAAGAUACGUCCGCCGGACGAUUGAUAUUAAACAAUUGCACCACUGUGUACCUUUCCCCGUCAAAAGGUUCGAAGUCGACAGAAAAAAAGCGUACAGUUCAUGAGGCGCAAAUCGAAGACAAGGGCAAAAAUGUUAUCUACCUCAGAUUGUCGGCCAAUUCGGUGACAAGUCUCAACCUCAAGGCCAGUACAAGUGUGAAAUUCGACGUGCAGUUCCAGCUGAAUCGUAUACCUUACUGCGAAUGGCAUUACGCUAUCGACCACAUUGCCGAUUUUAAAAUUAUUUUUCCCGACACCUUCCUGGAACCGAUCAUACCGUGGAGUCCAAAGCGACAGUGGAUCGAUAUAAUCGACAAAAAACUCAACGUCAAACAAAGAGAGGCGGUCAUAGCCAUCACGACUCCUACCAACAUCAGCUUGCCUCCGAUACUCAUAAUUGGUCCGUUUGGCACGGGUAAAACGUAUACCUUAGCCCAAGCGAUCAAACAGACGUUGUUCCAAGACAACACGAGAAUUUUGGUGUGCACCCAUUCCAAUAGUGCUGCGGAUUUGUAUAUUAAAGACUAUCUGCAUCCACACGUCGAAGAAGGACAUCCCGAGGCCAAACCAUUGAGAAUAUACUACCACAAACGAUGGGUGUCGACAGUACACAGCACGGUCCAAAAAUAUUGUAUUUUGGAUGAAAACAAUGCAUUUAGACUACCGACGCUUGAAGAAAUAUUAAAUUAUCGAGUCAUAGUAGUGACUUUGAGCAUUUCCAUGUUUUUGUCAUCAAUCGGUUUAAAAAAAGGACAUUUUACUCAUAUUCUGUUGGACGAAGCCGCACAAGCAAUGGAAUGCGAAGCGAUAAUGCCGUUGGCUUUGGCCAACACAGACACACGUAUCGUGUUGGCUGGAGAUCAUAUGCAGUUGAGUCCAGAAAUAUUUUCAAAAUUUGCAAAAGAACGCAAUUUACACGUAUCGCUGCUGGAAAGACUGUACGACCAUUAUCCAGGAUUGUUCGCUUGUAAAAUAUUGUUGUGCGAAAACUACAGGGCUCAUGAGGCUAUUAUACAUUUUACGUCCGAAUUGUUUUACGAACAAAAACUUGUGAGCAAGGGUAAUCAGCCGCGGCACGAUAAACUGUAUCCGCUGACGUUCUUCACGACUCGCGGUGAAGACAUACAAGACAGCAACUCGACGGCGUUCUACAACAAUGCCGAAGUGUACGAAGUCGUGGAGCGCGUGUGUGAACUGAGAAAGAACUGGCCAACGGCGUGGGCACCGUUCGACGAACAUUCCAUCGGCAUAAUGACGCCCUACUCCGAUCAAGUUUUCAGGAUAAGGUCGGAGCUGCGUAAACGUCGAAUGGGCGGCAUAUCCGUCGAGAGGGUUUUGAACGUUCAAGGAAAACAAUUCAGGGCGAUAUUUUUGAGCACGGUGCGAACACGGCGAACUUGCGUUUCAAAUAACGUCAGCGGAGGAGAAAAGUCGAACAAUGACUCGGGCAAGCUCGGAAUGGACGAUAUGGACUAUGGAUUUUUGUCAAAUUCUAAGUUGUUGAACACUGCCAUUACUCGGGCCCAGAGUCUCGUGGCCGUGGUCGGCGAUCCUGUUGCUCUUUGUUCCGUCGGACGAUGCAGAAAAGUUUGGGAGCGGUUCAUUCAAAUAUGCGAGGACAAUCACAGUCUGAACGGUAUCACUUGGAUGAACUUACGAAACUUACUCGACAACCUUGAACUCAAGAAAUCGUACGUGCUCAACCCUUUGGCACCGGAAUUCGUUCCUAGACGAUACCAACAAGAGUCGUACAUAAAAAUUCCACAGUCGUUGACAUCGUUCAACGCCGCUGUUCCUCCGCCUCCGUUGAGGUUCAGCCAGCCGCCUCCGCUGUAUUCUUCGCCAAUAUUUCCAAUCCCUUUGUACAUACCUUCCAUUGCUCAGCCUCCGCCGCCAACUUUUAUAUCGCUCAGACAGCCGAUCAUAAAUCCCACCCAAAUGUGGCCUCUGGGGCCAUUGGCACCCCCUCAAAACCUAUUCCACAGACCAAUGUUACAGCAACCGAUACAAAAGCUGCACGAAGAAGAAGUACGACCUCCGCCGGGCUUACUACCACCCAGAAAUCCUCCCGGACUCGUGCACAUGGUGCAGAACGGUCACACCGACUUCCAGUUUGUACAAAACGCCGGAAUCGCUCCCGUUAAUCUUCCGUCUCCAAAUAUGAUUGUGCCGAACCCUAGUCUAAUGGGAUUUCAUGAGUCUUUUAACAAAAUUAAUAUUUCUCCGAUACCACCAUUUCCAAUGCAACAUCCGUCUCUGGUUCAACCGUACGUGAGAACUGUAGUAGACGUGAACAACAAACAUAAUGAAGCAAUUACGAUGCAACAACAACAACAUCAACCGCAGACACAACGCGCUAGCGAUCGGUCGAUACUUGAGGCCAUGUUACCGCAAGGUGUGAGUAUAGAGGAAAUGGCUAGUUCCCAAACGAGACAAUUGGAAUGGAUGAAGUUCAUUACGGACAAUGGCGGCGCUUCGAUGGCACAAAAAUUUAUCGAGUUGUUGCGAUCGCAAUCGUGUAAAAAACCCAUCGUUCAACAACAGUCUGCAGUACCCGUGCAAAUGAAUAUGCCGCCGUCGGAACUGGGCAACAGAAUGCCCGAGGACAUGUUCAACGUUCUAAUGCAGCAACAACAACAGCAGCAGCAACAACAACAGCAGCAACAACAACAACAGCAGCAACAACAACAGCAGCAGCAACAACAACAACAGCAUCAGCAACAACAACAACAGCAACCACAACCACAGAAACAGCAAAUCAACGGUUUGGGCAAUCAAAUGCAGAUAGCCCAAUCAAUAGGUGAAAAUGGAAGCGCCGACGACGACGUUUACAAAUCUUUGUCCCAGCAAAUGACUCUCAGCCAACAACAAUUGAUGUGCAUCGAUCAGUUUGACCGCAUGCCUCUGUACAAAAGACAGCCUCAGCAACAGCCCGACGGCAGCGUACUGUUGCCCGUCGACGGCGAUCGCCAGCCCGUUUUGCCGUCGCAGUUCCAAGGAGCCAGCGGUAUGGCGUCUUACGCGGACGCUUGUAGACAGUCACCAAUGGUCGAUGAACAAAACGGAAAUCCCGUAGCCGACGGCAAAUACACAAACGACGCGUCGUCCAUGCAUCAAAACAAUGCGUUUUAUAACUUUUUUAAUUCUUAAACGAGAAUUUACGUAAAUUUAAAUAAAACAAAUAAAAAUUAUAAAAACUUCUAAAAAAAAUAAUAAAAAAAAAAUGGAAAAAAUAAACCAAAAACAAAUUUGUAUUAUAAUAUAUUAUUAUUCCAUUUACGCGUAGAGUUUGUAGUUUCUGUUAUUAUAACUAUACAAUAUAUUAUAUAUCUAAAUAUAUAUAUUAUAAAUCUCCUAUUGUGUGUAUAAAAUUAUAAAUAUUUAUAUAUACAAAUAAUAUUAUUGAUAAUUAUUUAAAAUGAUAAUAAUUAUAAAAAGGUAACAUAAAUUAGUUCGAAAGGAACUUUCUUCGCUUUUGUAAACUAUUUUGCUGCGCAUCGGAAAAUUCUACAACUAUUAA